AUGAGUGAAGGAACGGCCACAAUUCGUACUCGUAAAUUCAUGACCAACAGGUUGUUGGCGCGUAAGCAGAUGGUCUGCGAUGUGCUACACCCAGGAAAACCAACCGUCAGCAAAACUGAAAUUCGUGAGAAGCUCGCUAAAAUGUACAAGGUGACACCUGAUGUCGUUUUUGUGUUCGGCUUCAAAACUAACUUUGGUGGUGGCAAAUCCACCGGAUUUGCGUUAAUCUACGAUACUUUAGACCUCGCUAAAAAGUUCGAACCUAAGCACAGACUUGCACGUCACGGUCUCUAUGAAAAGAAACGACCAACCCGCAAACAGCGCAAGGAACGCAAGAACAGGAUGAAGAAAGUGCGUGGUACCAAGAAAUCUAAAGUAGGCGCGGCAUCAAAGAAGUGA